AUGAAGAAGCUUUACAGAAAAGGCACAGUUUUCCCAUCUCCACCGCUGGUUUCAGACCAGCUAGCUUUCUUGCCAGCCGCAAUCUUCACCCUCACACUAGCCCUCUCCCAGGAAGAUAGACAAGUCUUGGCUUAUCUCCUAUCUUGCCCUUCUGGAAACUUCUCCACCGCUACCCACCACCACCACAAAAACUCAUCCUCCGGUAAGGGCGGCGGCGGCGCUCACCAUCCGCCGUCCUUCAACUGUUUCUGCUUUAACUGCUACCGGAGUUACUGGGCGAGGUGGGACUCCUCCCCCAACCGUCAACUCAUAGAUGAGAUUAUAGAAGCCUAUGAAGAUGGGUUGCAGAGCAAGAAAGAGAAGAGCAGGAGAGAAAGAAGGAAGAGUAAUAAAGGGUCUGUUAGUAGUAGUAGUAGUAGUAGUAGUUCAGGUGAAGUGAUGAGAAAGUCUGAGGUGAUGAUGAUGAGUUUGAAUAAGGAUGAUUCCGGUGAGGCAGACGGCGCGGCGGCGGCGGCGCUACCCAGUCACUCCGGCGAGGGAGAGGAGGAGGGAGGUGAAAAAGGGUCAGUGAGGAGGCUUGUGAGUUUUCUUGGAGAGAAGAUUUGGAGUGUUUGGAGCUGA